GCCGCCCGGCUGCCCGCACCGAGUGCGCCGCGGCAGCCGGAGCCCGGACGCCGACCCCGAGCGUCCCGCAGACGGGAGGGCGGGCGGCUGCGGACGCCCGGCCGGCAGCUCGCAGCAUGGAUUCGGAUUCCGGCGAGCAGAGCGAGGGCGAGCCCGUGACCGCCGCAGGUCCUGAUGUUUUUAGUUCAAAGAGCCUUGCCCUUCAAGCUCAGAAGAAGAUCCUGAGCAAAAUAGCCAGCAAAACUAUGGCAAACAUGUUGAUUGAUGACACCAGCAGUGAGAUCUUUGAUGAGCUCUACAAAGUCACUAAAGAGCACACCCACAGCAAGAAGGAAGCCCACAAGAUCAUGAAAGACUUGAUCAAGGUGGCAAUCAAAAUUGGAAUCCUCUACCGGCACAACCAGUUCAGCCAGGAGGAGGUUGUUAUCGUGGAGAAGCUCAGGAAGAAGCUGAACCAGACGGCCAUGACGAUCGUCAGCUUCUAUGAGGUGGAGUACACCUUUGAUAGGAACGUGCUCUCCAAGCUUCUGCAUGAGUGCAAGGACCUGGUGCAUGAACUGGUGCAGCGACACCUGACACCCAGGACCCAUGGGCGCAUCAACCACGUCUUCAACCACUUUGCCGACGUGGAGUUCCUCUCUACCCUUUAUAGUCUGGAUGGAGACUGUAGGCCCAACCUCAAGAGAAUUUGUGAAGGAAUCAAUAAAUUGCUAGAUGAGAAAGUCCUCUGAAUGCUUCUCUCCUCCUGGACUUUGCCGAGUUCCAGUUCUAGUACCCAAUGUGGUCCAGGUUAGAAAAAAGAAACCCGGAAACCCUUGUCGAAGAUGCCCAUGUUCUGUCCUAUUCGCCCAUCUGAUAUUGAUGCCAGAUUGCACUCAGGUGUGUUUAUCCCCUGAGCUCACUGACGAGGCCUGUUCUUCAGAUCACCUUGGCUCGCCAACCCAAAGGACAUUUCAUUUGUUCUAGGCAGAAGGCUGCUAUGCUCCUCAAGGUGAGCUCAGUGCAUCUUGGUGGAGUGGAAGGAGCCCUGGACCAGGAGUUGGAGGACGUGGAUUUGGUUCCCAGCUUCACCAGUACAACCAUCCUCGGGAUCCUGGAACCACAAUGCCCUCCUGCCUACCUCCCAGGACUGCUGUGAGGUUCAAAUGAGACAAUGUAUGUUCCCGCUUUUAAAAACUCUAACGUAAGCUCUUAUUAUUUUCUCUCUGGAGUGUGAGAGGGAUCAACCUGGAUCUAGACUACUAAGCAGAAGAGAAGAAAAGAAUAAUGGUAUCUAGUAGGCCGGGUUUACAGUCUGUCUCUAGAUGUGCUGUUUCAAACACAGAUGAAUACACAGGUGUGAAGAAGUGUAGCUGCAAAUUGGAAAAAUGUUUUCCAAGAGUUGUGUUUUUUAGGUCUUAGAUGUAGGUUUAUGAUCCUGCGGAGGGAAUCUUUCCAGCAGGGUGGGGGUAUGGAGAGUUUCUCACUCAUAAUGCAGGAGCAGGGAAGUGUGUUCCCUGUGGGAGAGGCCUCUCCCUCCCAGGGGCCACCGUGAGGUGUGGGAGGGUUUAUCCCAGCAGCACAGGAGAGCUGGGCAGCACGAACCCCUAUCCAUCUCUCUUGGCCUUUCACAGACACAUUGUGCUAUUUUCUUUGGUUCGUUAAUAAAUUGAAACCCUUCAAACAAGA